CAUUGAUUGUCUAGCUUUUGUUCCUUGUCAAUCCACUUGUAUUCUCUGUAGCUUUGUUUUAUCAUCUAUAUAUUUCUUGUAACCGAAAAAAAAAAAAAAGGGCGAGAAUUAGAAAGAACAGAGCAGCAGCAGUCUUUGUUCAUUUGUCCAAUUGUUGAUCAAUAUUUCACCGCAAAUCACAACAUGUUUGCCCACAAGGACCAGUCCAAUGUCAUCAAGAUGCUGAGGAAACAAAUUGCUGACCUGGAGGAUGAGAAAGAGAGUGUGAAGCGCUACACUGAAGAUUGUUACGGUGACGGAACUGAGCCGCUCCAGAAUUGGUUGGAGAACACAUCAAAUUUCAUUCAAAUAGCACAUAAAUUAGUAGAUGAUAUUGGGAAACAUGGGAAGAACAAGUGUCCCAUUGGGUUGUGUCUUAAUCCCAAGUCUUCUUACCAACUUGGAAAGAAGGCGGACCAGAUAUGCAAGGAUAUUGCUGCACAUGUUCAAAAAGCUCGUGGAUUCCCCGACAUCCCACUUUCCCAUCGACAACAGAAAGUGGCUGCUGAUCGUUUUGAGGACUUUGAAUCGAGAAGCGGUAUUUUGAAGGACAUCAUGGAGGCACUACGAGAUCCUUGCAUCAACAAGAUAGGAGUGUACGGGCAGCCUGGUACGGGGAAGACAAUGUUGGUUAGAGAAGUUAAAAGAAGAUUUGAGCAAGAGAGACUGUUUGAUGCAGUUAUAAUGGCAACUGUGGGUAGGAAUCCAGACUUACCAAGAAUUCAAGAUGAAAUUGCACGUGUUUCUAAUGAACAAACAGGGCUUAUAGAAAAGAAGGUCCUCGUGAUUUUGGACGACUUAUGGGAGCCAGUAUUAUCUUUGGAGUUGCUUGGAAUAAAUGGGAAGGAAGGAAACAAUGUUGUAUCCUACAAACUUUUGCUGACCUCUAGAGCUAGAGAUGUUGUAUCUCUUCCAUCUGAAACACAAUUUGAAAUUGACAUAUUACGCUGGGAAGAAGCAUGGAAUCUGUUUAAGAAGAUAGCUGAUGAUCCAGGAAAAAGUCGUGGUUUGCCGUUUUAUGCAGAGGAGAUUACAAAGAAGUGUAAGGAAUUGCCCAUUGCUGUUGCAACACUCGCAAAUGCCUUGAGAAGAAGGAAUCUGAUUGAGUGGAAGACAACUUUACGACAGCUACAAAGCCUGCCAAAGGAUCAGCCGAAUUCAAGUCAGAUACCACAAAGCCUGCGUUCAGCUAUUGAGUUACAUUACAGUAGUUUGAAAAGCAACGAACUCCAACAAAUUUUCUUGCUUGGCAGUCUACUGGGUCAGAAUGCUACCAUUCAAAACUUGUUGAAAUAUGGUAUGGGCUUGGGCUUAUUCCCAGGAGUCAAAUCUAUAGAGGAAGCACGAGUUCAAUUGCUAAAUUUGGUGACUAAACUCAGAGAUUCUUCUUUGUUGCUGGAUAGUGGUAGCAGUUUGUGCUUUGAUGUGCACGAUCUUGUUCGAGAUUUUGCCACAUCGACUGUUUCUAAGAAGUAUGGCGUGUUGGCUUUAACAGAAGACGCACCAAUCAACCGAUCUCACAUGGAGGCGAUGGAGAGCAUCAAAUGGAUUUAUUUAUCAAAUGGGAACACCAGUCUGCUUCCAGAUGAGUUGAGAUGUCCGAAACUCACUUUCUUUCAUUUUUCUAAUGAGGGUCCUUAUCGAGCAAGUCCACCAAACUUGUUUACGGAUAAGGAAGGACUCAAAGUUUUGAGUUUGUCGAAAAUGAAUUUUUUGUCAAUCCCUUCCUUAAUUCCCCCCCCAAAAAACCUUUAUACUUUGUGUCUGGAUCAAGUUAAGUUAGGAGACGCAAAUAUAGACAAAGUGAUGGGAGAGCUGGAGAAUUUGCAAGUCCUCAGCCUUGCAGGAUCUGAUAUCAAAGAGUUGCCAAAGCAAAUAGGGCAGUUAACCAACCUGAAGUUGUUAGAUUUGAGUGAUUGUACCGAACUCAAAGUAAUUCCACCAGGUGUCUUAUCAAAUUUGUCAGGACUAGAAGAACUAUAUAUGAGAAACAGCUUUGUUCAAUGGGCGGAGGGCAUUGAGGAGCAGGAAAAUCAAAAUGCUAGCCUAGCAGAUUUGCAGCCUUUAACGUUGUUGACUUCUAUAGAGCUACAUGUUAUUUGCAAUAUUCAGAAGAUUCCAGAAGGCUUGUUCUCUGAAAAUUUGGCAAGAUUCAAAGUUUUCCUGGGAGAUAACGACUGUUUCCAAGAAUUGAAGUAUCUCUUUGUCCAAGAUGCUUUGGAGAUUCAACAUAUCAUCUCAGUGAAGCCUGCAUGUCCUGUAUUGGAGGUAUUAGUUCUUCGCAAUUUGGAAAAUAUGGAGAAGAUAUGUCAUGGUCCGCUAGAAGCAGCUUCUUUUAGAAAAUUGAGGUUGAUAACUAUUGAAUGUUGUAACAAGUUGAAGAAUUUGUUCUCCGCCUCUAUAGCCAGACAGCUUCAGCAACUACAAGAAAUUAGAGUGAAACACUGCAGUGACAUGGAAGAGAUUAUUGAUGACAAAGAGCAAGAGAGUGGGAAUAAUGCUGAAGAACUUGAAGGACAUAUUGUGGAAUUAAUUAGCCUGCGAUCCUUGAAGUUACAACGUCUACCAAAGCUGAUUAGCUUCAACAGUAGUUGCAGGGACAUGACUUUUUUCAAUGAAAAGGUUGUGUUUUCAAAUUUAGAGGAACUGCAGUUGUUCUCAAUUAUGGUUGAUAAUACCAUAUGCAGAUUUGUUGAAGCUUAGACACCUUCAAGUAAAGAAAUGCCAAAGGAUGAGACAUAUUAUUGUGGCUAAUAAUGACGAAGAAAAAGAAAUUUUCAUUUUUCCU